AUGAGCACUGCAACCUAUGAGAAGCUGAUUACCGAGAAUGUGACGAAAGCAUACAAAAAGUCAAGUCCUAAAGCUGUAGAUGAAUUGAACUCCCAAUCUGCAAGAGUAGCUGAAAAACUUGGAUUGGACAACCGCAUCGAAAAACUUGCAGAGAGGGAAGCGUUUAUAACCUUGAAAGACCACAAACCUGAAUUUCAUGCACACCCAAAUUGUCGCCUAAUCAACCCCUCCAAAUCUGAGAUUGGUAUAAUCAGCAAGCGCAUUCUAGAUGAGAUCAACACCACCAUAAUCCAAAAAACGCAGAUCAACCAAUGGAAAAACACAUCCAGCGUCCUGAAAUGGUUCAGAAACUUAGACCACAAAGAAAACCUCUCAUUCAUAUGUUUUGAUGUAUGUGGCCUCUACCCCUCAAUCACCGAAAAACUUCUCUCCAAAGCACUUGACUUUGUCACUACCUACAGACCCAUCAGCGCAGAUGAAAGGGAAAUCAUUUUUCUCUCCGAGCAAUCCCUGCUAUUUUCCAAAGAUUGCCCCUGGGAGAAAAAAUCUUCUACCAGCAGAUUUGACGUAACAAUGGGAUCUUUCGAUGGUGCUGAAACACGUGAGCUAGUGGGUUGCUAUCUAUUGUCCUGCCUAACCAAAACGUAUGGCAACAGCAUCGGCCUAUACAGAGACGAUGGUUUAGCAGCGUUCAACACAAAGCCCCAACAGAUCGAAAAAAUCAAGAAGGGUUUCUGCCAAAUCUUCCGUGAAAACGACUUAAAAAUCACAGUCGAAGCCAACAUGACUAAAGUCAAUUUUUUAGAUGUCACCCUUGACCUCCAAUCUGGCAAGCAUUACCCCUACAUAAAAGAAGGAAACAUCCCACUCUAUGUUCACAAGAAAUCCAAUCAUCCG